CAGAGAGGCGAGGGCGGCCUCCGCCGGGCUCACGCGGCAGGCAGAGGGCGGGCUCUCCGCGGAAGCCGAGCGAGGAGGGCGCUCCCCGGCCAGCCGCGGCCAGACCACGCGGCGACCGCCCCGGCCAGAGGCCCCUCGCCAGCGCCCGGCCCCAUGACGCCCGAGAAGGUGCUGCGGGAGGGCGUGCUGGAGAAGCGCAGCGGCGGGCUGCUGCAGCUCUGGAAGAGGAAGCGUUGCCUGCUGAGCGAGAAGGGCUUGCGGCUCUUCGAGGCCAGCAGCCGCGGCUCGACGCGCUGCAAGGAGCUCAGCUUCGCGCACGUCAAGGCUGUGGAGUGCGUGGAGUGGAAGCAGCGGCACAUCUACUUCACCGUGGUGACCGACGGCGGCGCCGAGAUCGACUUCCGCUGCCCCCAGGAGGAGCCCAGCUGGAACGCCGACAUCACCAUGGCGCUGGUGCGCUUCAAGAACCAGCAGGCGGUGCAGAUGGUGCGCGCCAGGCACAGCUGCAGGGCCGCAUUUCAACAUGAAACAGCCCCAGCUGGCCAGAUUCUGGCAAACGGGCCAAAGGAGCCAGAUCCUCAGCUCAGUUUGGGAAGAGUGGAGGAGCUAAUGGCCGCGAAUUCACCUGCCAAUGGACAGAAGGCAAUUCCCAGUUGCCACUGACUGUAGACUGGUUAGUUCUGUACUGUGGCAUCAUUGCUGGGAAAUGACGUGGUGCCUGAAGUAUCCAGGGAAACCUGGAGUACAAAUAUAGCCGGAAUGGGCUUCUGUUUUCUGCUGUGUCUUUACUAGCUGGGACUUCUUGGUAAAGUCCAGCCGCCAACUACUGCGGCCUUAUAGAGUGGCCUUUUUACUUUCAUUAGCCUUCUCUGUGGUGGUACAUAUCCAUCUAUGAAUGUUUAGGCUAGAUUGAAGACACAGGUACAGUGGUUAUGGCAAGAGAAAAACAUUCCCCCGCAAGGUUUGGCAGGUAUGCUGAACUGAACCAAGCCAUGAGGACUAAGGAGAAGGAACUCAGUUUAUGCAAACUGAGUAUGCCAGGUACUAACUGAUGUCUCUGUAGGCGAAAGAGAACAUCCUUCUUCCGUAUGCCCAGUGGCUGAUGUGGAAGAAUCCACUGUGAACCUGCCACUUUGGUCUGAGUGUUGACCAGAAAGAUGCUUGCCAUCUAGAAGUGGAGCCUGAAUAUAACUAUAAGCACCUUAAGAAAAAGCCCAUGUGGGAUGUUUGGGUUUUGAGACUCUAUAAACAAUUUGCCUGUCUAUGACAUCUGGGUGUUUUGUGCUUAGAACAAACAAAAAGGGACAUUGUUGGCCGAGCCGACAUCCUGCCCUAACAACUCAGAGCUCCAGCUCACUCAAUCAUACUAAUGUCCUGUAUUGUGCAAUGUUGAAUCCCUUGUUGAUCCUUUAUGUUAGAAAGUGUAUCCAUGGUGUAUAAUCUUUUAUUAAUAAUGUUUCAGGACUGUCAAUAAUGUACACAUUUGUGUUGUUUAUCAUUUUGUUCUUCUAGUUGGAUUCAUCACUCUUGUAUCUUACCUGACUUUUUGUAUGUACCUGACUUUUGUGGAGAGUGUGGGCAUAAAUGCUGUAAAAACAA